AUGUUGCCAUUAGAUUCACCAAGUCAUUUUGUUACCAUGAACUUCGUUUUAUUGCACCAUCCACAUGCUGUCACAAGCCAAAUCAAAAACAACGAAAUUGAAAUAUUUGCAAAUGUCGCAAAGCAGAAACACCAGACAAAAGCAGUUUUUGAUUGUACAUUUUUUUUAAAUCAUAAUCGUGAUUUAAGCAUCAAGUAAAUAUCAUGUCCACUAAAGAGCUUGAGUUAAUAUGACAGAUUAUCAAAAUAUUUAAACUUGACGCAUUAAUUUAUCUGCUGUCACAAAUGUCAAUCAAAAUAAUCUCUUUAUGGAUCUUUUAUAAACCUCAAAAAUUAAAAUUCAUACAAAAUAUCUAAACGGUAUUCAUCAUUUAAGUUAUUAUACGUUUGAUGUGAAAAGGCAGAGCUGUGGAAAAUUAAAGUUUUAUCAGUUUCGUUAGAAAA